CAGACACGGUCUUCUCUCGCCCAGUGCGCUAUUUGUAUUUGUUCUAGUAGAUCCCAAUUUUUAAUCACUUUGCAUCCAUUACACGUUUCUUCAUAUUCAAUUCUUGUUCUUAAUUAUGCCAUUUCAUUUCUUUAUCCCUAAUUUGAAUUGAAUUCUUCAACUUCACAAACCCUAUAACUCAUCACUAAUUCCAUCUUCCACUCUUUUGUUUCCUUCCCAGAUCAUUCAUACAUAUAUACAUUCCCUACACACAAACGUCGAUAUCGCUACCUAAUCUUCUUCUUUGACUUUAAUUUUCAAUGUCCUCCUCAUCCAGUAAUCUUUUUUUUCUGUUCAUGUCUCAAUUUUGAUAAUCUUUCAAUUGUUUCAGAGAUAUUUCUUGAUUAAAGUUGUGGAAGUACGAUCUGGGGUUGGUGUCAAUUAAUGGAAACAGCAGGUGUCAGCGUUGAUACCACGAAUUCUGAUCAUUUAGCUCCGUCAAAUCCUUUAUCUCCGUCAACAAGGACUACGAGUAGUACUAGUUCUUCGUCGUUUCCUGUAAUUCGAUUUCUACAAGCACCUGUAACUACUGUAUUGGAGUAUUCUGGUGUUUUUCGACCUAGGUCAAACAACGAUUACCCUGAAUCAGAGAGUCUGAUUCCUAACCACCAUCAUCAUCAUGAUCAUGAUAUUCGUAGUUCCAGUGAUUCAGAUACGGCUACGAGUAGUAAUGGUGAUAAUGGGGAGGUUUCCAUUCGGAUUAUCGGUGCUGCAAAUCCAGAAGAACAACAUGGUAGGGAGGAUGGUGAACCGGCCGGGGCUGCCAUGAAUGGCGGAGAUGGUGGUAGAGGAGAGAGAGAGAUGGCUGAUUCCAGUGACGUUGAUGGUGGGAAUGGUGGGAGUGGGAGUCAUAGUGAUUCAUCCUACCAACAGCGGUAUGAUAUGCAGCAGGUUUCGAGGUGGAUUGAGCAGAUUCUUCCAUUUUCACUGCUGUUGUUAAUUGUGUUCAUCCGGCAGCACUUGCAAGGGUUCUUUGUCACGAUUUAUGUAACCACUUUCAUGUACAAGUCUAAUGAUAUUCUUCGAAAGCAGACGGCUUUAAAGGGGGAGAGAAGACUUUCUGUUCUUGCUGGUUAUUUUAUAGUUUUCGUGCUUCAUGUGAUUGGAGUAUACUGGUGGUACCAAAAUGAAGAUCUUUGUGAUCCAUUGUUCAUGGUUCCACCAACAGCAAUACCACCAUUUUGGCAUGCCAUAUUCACCAUCAUUGUGAAUGAUACAAUGGUGCAGCAGGCAGCAAUGGCUUUUAAGUUGGUAUUGCUUAUGUAUUAUAGGAAUGGCAAGGGCCAUAAUUUCCGUAGGCAGGGUCAAAUGCUGACCGUGGUCGAGUAUGGACUGCUGUUAUACCGUGCUUUCUUACCUGCGCCAGUCUGGUACCGUUUCUUUUUAAACAAAGAAUAUGGGAGCCUUUUUUCAUCUUUGACAACGGGGUUAUAUUUAACAUUCAAGCUCACAUCAAUAGUUGAGAAGGUUGGAUCCUUCUGGACUGCAUUGAAGGCGUUGUCACGAAAGGAAGUCCAUUAUGGAUCCUAUGCAACACCAGAACAGCAGGUAAUUGAAGCAGGAGACUUGUGUGCUAUUUGCCAGGAAAAGAUGCAGGCUCCUGUUUUGUUGCGAUGCAAACACAUUUUCUGCGAAGAUUGUGUUUCAGAAUGGUUCGAAAGAGAGAGAACGUGUCCCCUAUGCAGGGCUUUGGUGAAACCAGCGGAUUUACGGUCAUUUGGGGACGGAUCAACAAGCCUCUUCUUCCAGUUGUUCUAAACUCACCUUCAUUCUUGAAGACCCACCCUUUCAACAGGAUUACAGUAAAAGAAAAAGAGUCGUGGGCAUAAAAUUCAUGUAUUAAUGAAUGUUUAGUUUUUAUACAACAUUGUAAAUGAUAGAAUGUACCAUCUUCAUGCAUUCUGGGAAUAACACAUCCCCACCCUUCUCAUCACUGUCACACACUCUUUUAGAUAUGGAUUUGAGAACAGUUUUGGUCAAAAGACAUGAUGUAAAAGAAUAUAUAUGUUCUACGUUCUCUCUUUUGCCCUUUGUUAUAAUGGGGAUUGUUAACCUUGUGGGGUCCAUUCUGUUGGAUUAACAUUAGUAUUUGAGGUAUUGUUGGAUCCAAGGUGUUC